AUGUGCCUGCUCAUCCCACAGCUGGACAACUUGUCCGGAAGGAUGCUUUGCCUGGGAGAAGAGGCCUACCCCAUGCUGAAUUCCACUCCAACUAACAACCUUUCCUAUGGCACCUAUAAAUAUAAGCUAGUACACAUUUCUUCAUUACAAGCCACCCUUCUCUUCCAUAUUCGCACUUCUUGUCAAGGCCGUGAAAAAGAAGAACGUGAAGAAGAUGUGAAAAGUCUCAAUGCCACAGCACAAAAGCAGCAGCCCAAGAACGAAGGGACUAUUAUAAAUGCUCUCAGUGACAUGAAUCAGAGUUAUGAAAGCAGAAAGCAGCAGAAUUCCAGGGCAGUGGUACCUUUCACUGGGAUUACAGAGAGUAAAAAACUGAACAGACGCUGCUGCCAAAAUGGAGGGACCUGUAUCCUAGGGGCUUUCUGUGCCUGCCUAAAGCAUUUCACUGGCAGAUACUGUGAAUAUGAUGAGCGCAACUGCGGCAGCAUUGCCCACGGCUCCUGGGUGCUGAAGGGCUGUUGGCUGUGUCGGUGCGGCUAUGGUACUCUGAAUUGCCUCUCAGAAAUAAUGCACGAUAACUGUGAACUGAAAUCAGAAAAGGAGGAAAUUACCAGGCUAUAUUCUAAUGGGCUAAGAUUACAGCAAACAGUGUUUGCACUCGCUUGCCUGCUCACCAUCUUCCUGGAGCUCUGCUGCUGGCAGUUGUGA